AUGCGCUACUCCCGCAUGAUUGCCGGCCCACGAUAUCUAGCCUCCACCGCCGUAGUCCUCUCAGAAUCCAUCAAACUCCUCAUAUCUCUCGCCAUACACAUUCACGAAUCGUCUAAAGUACAACGUGUCACUCUCGAAUCCCUCUACAAUGACUUCUUUGGCCCACAAUCCGAUGCAAUCAAACUCAUGGUGCCCGCCGUGCUAUACAUUAUACAAAACAAUCUCCAGUAUCUCGCCGUCACCCUGCUCGACGCUGCCACCUUCCAGGUCACUUACCAGAUGAAGAUCCUGACUACCGCAUUGUUUAGCGUCCUCAUGCUCGGAAAGACACUCAAUAGGAUGAAGUGGACGUCGCUUAUACUACUCACCAUUGGCAUUGCACUUGUGCAGUUACCAUCUGGAUCAUCUACUAGUAGUAGCAGCAGUACACAGGUCACACCACUACCAACUGAUGAAGAUGAAGGAUUCCUUGAUGGAUAUGCAUUUGAUGAAGAGUCGCUUACUAGAUUGUUUGGACUCUUGGCUGUCACUGUCGCUUGUGUAUUGUCUGGUGUGGCCGGUGUAUGGUUUGAGAAGGUACUAAAGGGAUCUAAACCAUCCUUGUGGUUACGGAAUGUCCAGUUGGCAUUCUUUUCUGUUAUCCCAGGGUUUAUUGUUGGAGUCAUGUGGAUGGACGGUGCAGCAGUCCGCGAAAACGGCUUCUUUUACGGAUACAAUGCUUGGACUUGGGCUGCCAUACUCUGUCAAGCAACUGGUGGUCUAAUCGUAGCUGUAGUAGUAAAAUACGCCGACAACAUCCUGAAAGGAUUUGCCACAUCGCUGUCUAUAGUGCUGUCAUGUCUGGCAUCCGUCAUUUUGUUUGACUUUGUUGUUACAUUGACGUUUAUGGUGGGAGCUGGAUUGGUUAUUUAUGCUACGUAUCUAUAUGGCCUAGAUGAGAUACCCCAAUCAUACACCAAAGUGUCGUCAUCAUCAGAGGGUCAGUUUGCAGGACAAAUAAGACCCAAAGGUGAAGACAAGUCCAACGAAGAAAUAUCAAGGAACCUCGUUGCUAUGAAGGCUAUACUAUAUGGAGAUGGUGAGAGCGAACCAAUACCGGAACUAGUCGCUCAACUAUCACAGGAAGUCUACAAUUCUGAUCUAUUGACGCUGCUUGUUACGAAUAUCGCCAAGUUUGAUUUUGAGGCCAAAAAAGACGUUGCCCAAAUAUUCAACAACUUGCUACGACGGCAGAUAGGAUCUCGUCUACCAACCGUUGAAUAUAUUUGUACAAAGGAGGAAAUACUUGUUGCUUUAAUCCAUGGGUAUGAAAACCAAGACAUUGCACUAAGUUGUGGGAUGAUUCUACGAGAAUGCAUAAGACACGAAGCACUUUCGAAAGUCGUGUUGGAGUCUACGCACUUUUGGUACUUUUUCUCGUAUGUCGAGUUGUCUACGUUUGAUGUUGCGUCGGAUUCGUUUGCGACUUUUAAGGAUAUCCUGACACGGCAUAAACAGAUGGUUGCUGAAUUCCUGGGUCGAAAAUACGAUGAGUUCUUUACAAAAUACACCAUACUUCUGAAUUCAUCAAACUAUGUAACGAAAAGGCAAUCUCUCAAGUUACUGGGAGAACUGUUACUGGAUCGAAGCAAUUUCAGUGUCAUGACGAAAUACAUUGCAAACACCGAAAACCUGAAACUGAUGAUGAAUUUGUUGAGAGAUAAGAGUCGAAAUAUACAGUUUGAAGCGUUUCAUGUCUUCAAGGUGUUUGUGGCAAACCCAAACAAGGCUAGGCCAAUUGCUGAUAUCUUGGCUAAAAACAAGGAAAAGUUGGUCACGUUCUUGUCGACCUUUCACAAUGAUCGAACAGAUGAUGAGCAAUUCAAUGAUGAGAAAGCUUUCCUUAUUAAGCAAAUCCAGGAUAUGUGA